AUGACAGCCCCGCCAUCAAGGACGGGGAGGGUGGGAGCGGUCCAGGCGUUGGGAGGUACCGGUGCGUUGAGGAUCGGGGCGGAGUUUCUGAGGCGCUGGUACAACGGCACCAACAACACGGCCACGCCCAUCUACGCCUCCGCGCCAACCUGGGAGAACCACAAUGCAGUGUUUUCUGAUGCUGGGUUUAAAGAUAUCCGCCCCUACCACUACUGGGACGGAGAAAAGAAAGGCCUGGACGUGACCGGUAUAAUGGAUGACCUGGAGAACGCUCCAGAACAUUCUAUCUUUGUGCUCCAUGCCUGUGCCCACAACCCCACGGGGACAGACCCCACACCUGACGAAUGGAAGACGAUCUCUGAGGUCAUGAAGAGGAGGAAGCUGUUUGUGUUCUUUGACUCAGCCUACCAGGGUUUUGCAUCAGGCAGUCUGGAUAAAGAUGCCUGGGCCAUCCGCUACUUUGUCUCUGAAGGAUUUGAGCUGCUCUGUGCCCAGUCCUUCUCCAAGAACUUUGGCCUCUACAAUGAGCGUGUUGGUAACCUGACGGUAGUGGCCCAGGAUAAAGACAACCUGGCCCGUGUUCUGUCCCAGAUGGAGAAGAUCGUCAGGACCACCUGGUCCAACCCUCCCUCCCAGGGGGCGCGCAUCGUAGCCAUUACACUCAACAACCCCGAUCUGUUCAUAGAAUGGAAGGGUAAUGUAAAGACCAUGGCUGACCGUGUAUUGUUGAUGAGAGACCAGUUGAAGGCUAAGCUCAUUGCUCUGGGGACACCCGGCACCUGGGACCACAUCACUCAGCAGAUCGGCAUGUUCAGCUUCACCGGACUGAACCGUAAGAGUUUCCCAAACACACAGACAUGUACCCAGGCACCUCCUAGCAGACCGGCAUGUUCAGCUUCACCGGACUGAACCGUAAGAGUUUCCCAAACACACAGACAUGUACCCAGGCACCUCCUAGCAGACCGGCAUGUUGAAGCUUCACCGGACUGAACCGUAAGAGUUUCCCAAACACACAGACAUGUACCCAGGCACCUCCUAGCAGACCGGCAUGUUGAAGCUUCACCGGACUGAACCGUAAGAGUUUCCCAAACACACAGACAUGUACCCAGGCACCUCCUAGCAGACCGGCAUGUUCAGCUUCACCGGACUGAACCGUAAGAGUUUCCCAAACACACAGACAUGUACCCAGGCACCUCCUAGCAGACCGGCAUGUUCAGCUUCACCGGACUGAACCGUAAGAGUUUCCCAAACACACAGACAUGUACCCAGGCACCUCCUAGCAGACCGGCAUGUUCAGCUUCACCGGACUGAACCGUAAGAGUUUCCCAAACACACAGACAUGUACCCAGGCACCUCCUAGCAGACCGGCAUGUUCAGCUUCACCGGACUGAACCGUAAGAGUUUCCCAAACACACAGACAUGUACCCAGGCACCUCCUAGCAGACCGGCAUGUUGAAGCUUCACCGGACUGAACCGUAAGAGUUUCCCAAACACACAGACAUGUACCCAGGCACCUCCGAGCAGACCGGUCAUAAUCUGUGCACCUGUAAUCACACUUAUGACCAGGCGUUUUUGUUGUUGCUAAAAUAUGAAAUGAUGCCCGGGGCAGUAUGAGACUGGCGCUUGUCGGAGACGACUGAGUUCUUAAUGGAAUUGUCCCAUUAAGUUACAGAAACAUCCACGCUCAACUACGCUGAUCCUCACGCGCUGAUUCUCACGCGCUGAUCCUCACGCGCUGAUACAAUUCUACAACUUAGAUAUUUUUCCUCUUUCUCUCCCUCCCUACAGUCUACAGCUAAGCAGAUUGAUUACAUGAUCAACAUAGACAGUUGACUGGUAUUUUAAUAACAUUCUCUCUCUUUCUCCCUCUCCUUCUCCCUCUCCUUCUCCCUCCUUUCUUCCUCUCCUUCCUCCCUCUCUUUUUCUCUCUUUUUCC